AUGGCAUGCCCGCCUAAUGGCAAUAACGAUACGCCCAUUCAGUUGGAGACCACAAGACCAGUAGCCCCAGGCGAGCCCAGCUUCACCCAUAACGAUUUACACCUCUCUAAUGUAAUGGUAUGCAACCGCGGCGAUGGGUGCUCGGAACAUAAUCUGAUCCCUUCAAUCAAGUUCAUCGACUUCGGCUAUUCGAAAGCUUUAGAGCCGGACGAGGAGAACAUGGACCCAUACCAGUGUGCGGAGAUCAUGCUUGACUUGAUAGAGCACAGCGAAAUCCACGUGGGAAAGCACGUCCCGUACAAGGGCGUAACCAAGACAAAGGCGUUUGAGAUUCUCCCUGCUCCCCACGGCAACGGGGACGCCUAUCCAAGCCUUGACCCGGACCUAGAGAGCGCCGCGCGCACUGCCGACGCGUACAAUGUAAAGGACAACGAGGCGGCCGAGACCGACGAAGCCAUGGAGCAACUGAUGAACAAGUUGCUCUUCGAGCCGCCGGAGAUGCCUCAGCCUUCUCAGAGCUCCAAGUGGAAGCAAAGCUGA